GGGAGGGUGCGACCCGGUUCCAAACAGCACUCCGGUAGUCUAUAUAUAUACGGACGUAGGGUUCAUCUCUGCUGGACUGAUUCUCCCCACACACAGAGGCUUGUGGGGGGGUACUCUUCUACUCCCACGCGAAACCAGAGCUUUUCCCCGACGGCCUAACAUAACUGAAACAUUUUCCGACUGUUUACCGAGAAAAUACCAGACAUCCGUAAUCGAACAUCGCAUCAGAUUUGUAGAGCCUUCCAAUUCAGUAUCGUUUCGAAGAGGUUCAAUUGUCUGCAUUUGUGGUAGAGUGCCAGUUGUGGUUUAUCUAUACAUUGGAUGUUCGUAGAUUCAAUUUUUGAGCAUCGAAUUGCGUUUAUCAAGCGGUAGAUCGGGGGCGCGAAAGAGUUAUUUUAUUUUCAGGUAUUAAUUGUAGGGUUCUUCUAGGGUUUGUAUGUCGGAGAUGGACGUCGGGAAUGAUGAUCAGACGUUUAGGGUUAACUUUAGCAGCGACGGAGCGGCGAAGUUGAGAGAGAAAGUGAAAGAAAAGUUGAAGGAGUACAUGGGGGAUUACACAGAUGACACUCUCGUGGAAUAUGUGAUUGUGUUACUUAGAAAUGGCAGGAGCAGAGAAGAAGCAAGGAACGAGUUAAAUGUUUUCUUGGGGGAUGACAUUGACUCUUUUGUCUCUUGGCUUUGGGAUCACUUGGCUUUAAAUAUAGAACUUUAUGCGCAACCCUGGGAAUCUUAUCCAGAGGGAGGGGCCAAAGCAAAACCAACAUUGGUGGAACAAGCCGGAAGAAAUGAGAAUCAUGUGGAUCCUGAAUCCGACAGAGGGAAGUCUAGCCGGUUAUCUAGAAGUCGGCACAAUAGGGAGUGGAAAGGACUAGUUAGGGAUGCAACUGAAACCCCUCCUCUUCGGAGCUCUGAGAUUGACAAUCUUCAUAUAGAGGAAAAACUUCAUCGGAAGCAUGCAAAACAAUCUCUCUCCCCUGAACCUUCAGUUCAGAAGAAAAGGAAUCGGCCUGAUGACUGGCAGCAAACCAAGAGGGAUGCUGUUUCUCAAGGAACUGUUGGUGCUCCUCGACGGCUGCUUCAAUUUGCUGUGCGAGAUGCUGUCGCUACUGCGAGACCAUCUAAUUUGGCUGCUGCUGUAGAGCCCACAUUAAAGCGUCUUCGCUCUGUGGUUUCUACAGCCACCAGUGACUCAUCAAUUGUUGAUCGUCCUCUGAGACUCAAGUCAGUUGCAAGAGUGCCUAAUGCAGUGGCAACUGCUGUUAAGGCUGUAGCGGAAGCUGCUGAGGAUGUGAAAAAAGUUAGAUCUUCAGUAAAUGUGUUUGAUCGUCUUAGUCGUGGUGUGGAUGAAUCAGAGACUAUAGAUGAUCAGCAUGCCGAAAUUAGAGAGGCUACUGUUGAAGGAGGAGAAUACAGUGACUUCAACCAAAUUCCAGACACCUACUCAUCUUACCUUCAAAGAAGUGACUACAGUGGACACUAUAUUGGGAAAAUGGCAAUGAUGGAAAGUGAAACAGGGUUGGCUUCUGAUUCUGCAUCUGAUAAUGACGGAUAUGACGAUGUCAACAUAAUGGGUCAUAGGGUAAUGGGUGUUUCUCAGGCUGGCACUUCUGGUGGGAGCAAAGGUGAGGAUUCACUGAUGGUGCAGUAUAGUGUAGCUAAGAAUUCUGAUGACGUUGUGCGGAAAACAUGGACUAAAGAUCAGGAACAACCUGCUGCAGUAGCUAAUGCAUCUCGUAAGAUAGUAAAUAUAUCUGUCAAUGUAAAUACAUGGAAACCACCUCAUUAUCAGGCAUCCAGGGAGGUUACAGAAGUGGAUAGUCGAAAACCUAUGCAGGAGAAUGUGGUGGCCGCUAGCAAGUCUGAUGCAUCGCUGAAGAAGGAGAAUAGCAACAUCAUCACCGCUGGUAAUGGAAAUGCAAAACCAGUUGCAGAUUCUCUGAAAGAGCCUCAGAAGACGCAUUCUGCUACUGUUCCUUAUUCUACUGGUCGUCCUUCAGAGGAUGCUGAUUCUCGCACCAUAUUUGUUAGCAAUGUUCAUUUUGCUGCUACCAAGGACAGUCUUUCUCGGCAUUUUAACAAGUUUGGAGAAGUGUUGAAGGUAGUCAUAAUAACGGAUGCAGCCACUGGGCAGCCAAAGGGGGCGGCCUAUGUAGAGUUCAUGCGGAAAGAGGCAGCAGAGCAUGCUUUGUCUCUGGAUGGCACAUCUUUUAUGUCACGCAUUCUCAAGGUUGUGAGGAAAAGUGCUGCCCAGCAAGAAGCUGCUCCUAUGUUGUCCUGGGCUCGUGCUGUUCGGGGCUCUCCCUUUGCUGUUGGUAGGUUUGCCAGAGCCCCAUUCUCAAGGGGCAUUCCCAGCACAUUUAGGGCCCGCCUCCCAAUUAAGCCCGGCGCAAGGAGUCUGCAGUGGAAGCGGGAUGAGGGUGGUGCUACUGCCACUGCAGGCAACAGUUUUCCCUCACCUACUACCCGAAGCCUCACUUAUAUCCGAACAGAGCCUAAACCCUAGUUGAUUUUAUCAUUUAUUUUUUUCCCCCUCUGGAUGCCCAAAUUAUGUAGUGCAUAAAAUUUGAAUCAUCAAGGACAUUAAUAGCAAAGAACUGCGGAACCCUCUUCUUCCUUAAGUGGAAUAUGUAGUUUGCCUUCUAUGGCUCAAGACAUUUUGCAGGGAUUGGAGGUCUUUUAUCUUCCCCUGUUGGGUUGGGGAGGAAAGGUUUUGGGAGAGAAGAAGAGGAUGCGAGGAAUUGUUUAAAAUAGUUUUGUCUGGUGAGAACCAUAAAGUUAUAUACAUGUUAACAGUACUUCAAAAUUUGUGAAUAGCAGUGGAUGAAUAAUCAUUU